CAGGCUAUAUUCCUUGCUGACGUGGUCUUUCGAGAAGUACAGUACCAAACAAAGCUCAAAUAGAGAGACGUUUUUUUCGAAAUAAGUACAGAGACAAAGGUAACAAGUUUCAUUGUAAGAAAGACAUCACCGGAAAUAAAAUGGAUUUCUUCAAUGAAUUAGAGCAUCUUAUCAGCUCUCAAGGCACAGUAAAUGCAUCCACAGCAGAUGUUCUCGCCGAAAUCGGAUCGCCGUCCGUCUCAAUCGCUGUUCUGGACCACGGCUCUAUUGCUUCCAAAUGUAUCUCAACAAUGGGCGAUAACUCAGAGACACUAUUCCAAGCAUGCAGUAUAUCGAAAACCAUCACUGGAAUGGCGACGAUGCGCUUAGUUCAGGCAGGAAAGCUAAAGCUGGAAGACAAAAUCGUCGACGUCAUCCCCAGACAAACAGUAGAGAUUCUGGAAACUCCCUACACCAAAACGUUGUUGCAGGAAAUUACAGUCAAACAUAUCAUGAGCCAUACAUCUGGACUUACCGUCGGCGGAUUCCCUGGGUACUCUAAAGAGGCACCGAGUACGGAGGUCCUGCUCUCUGGGAAAGCGCCCGCGAACACACUUCAAGUCCGGGUGCAAGGAUUCCCAGGGUAUGCGUUUUCAUAUUCCGGAGGCGGGAUGACUGUCCUGCAAAUCGUUCUUGAGGCUGUGACGGGAAAAGAUUUUGCGGAACUGGUGAAAGAGCUUGUUCUGGGGCCACUGGAAAUGACACGAUCGUUCUACGCUCUCGCAGAAGGGGAGACGAAUGUUACGAGAGCGCAUUUCACGGGGUAUACGCCAUCCGAUGUCCGAUGGCAUAUUCAACCCGAGAAAGCGGCCGCGGGUUUAUGGACUACGCCGAGUGAUCUUUUGAAAGUUGUGAGAGCGAUGCACCGGUCGCUGGAAAGUGGUGAUGGCAAGGAGUUUUUGGAGAAGGAGAUAGCGGCGCAGAUGCUGGAAGAGGUGGCUAAUACGAUGGCGUUGAUGUGGAUUGCGCCGAGAGAUCCGGGUAUUGCGUUUGGGCAUGGAGGAUCGAACUUCCCUGGAUGGGAAUGCUUCGUUAUGGGGUACGCAGACUUGCGCCCCCAAAGUGGGAAAGAGGAUCGACUGUUGGAGGAAAAGGCUUGGGAUGAUUGCGGGAUUUGCAUCAUGACCAACUCAGCAGCAGGCUUUGCGGUAUGGGCCAAGGUAUUCCAUGCCAUUUCGUAUCUGAAGAAAUGGGCUCCGAUUCCGUAUUUUGAUGGCAGGACACCUUUUGGUACGGUACCAUUUUGUGCGUAUGGGGCUCGGGUGGACAAGAGAUGGGUCGAGUGGAAGGGUACGUGGGCUGAUCGUGGAAAGGAAUUGAUUGUUGAGGGUGAUGAGGACGGAGAGCCUAAUUUGCGGUAUGAGAAGGGGAGCAGGGCAAGACUUGUGCCUGCUGCGAUUCCGGGCAUUGAGUAUGCAGGGGACUGGAAGUCGAUUGAUUUGGUUUUGGAGGGCUUGGAGAUGAUGGUUAGAUUGGGUUGGACAGCGGAGAAGAGAAGUGUCGAGCUUUGGCAGGGCGUAGUAGGACCAGAUAGAGUAGCGCACUUGACCAGAGGGGAGGCUUAAGGGCCACCAUGCCCAUCUGUUGUUGUCGGGCUUCUGAAGCGGUUCGCUGAAAACGGACACGGCGCCUCGGAACAUGUACGGGCUGAUUCAUCAAGCCGUCCUGUGCGAAGGUAGCAGAAAACGUGAAAAGUAGGACCACUGUUUCCAAGCCACUGGAAUUGC